CCUUUCUCUCUACACUUGCCACCUGCUCAUCCCACAACCCCUGCGUGUCGCCCAUGCAAACCCAUAAAUACGUCGACUCAACGAACCCAUAUCUCUGUCAUCUCUCUUUUUACCAUAUCUGAAACUUCUUGGAGAGAGAGAGAAGAGCCAUGGAGUUGCAGGAGAAGAAAGAAGAGGAAUUGGAACAUGGGAUUUGGAAGAGGAACGUAAGGGAUCUCAUGGAACGAAAGCGUCGGCUUGUUGAGGUCCCCUACACCGCUUCUCUCACCGAUACCAUUAACGCUCUCGUGGCCAAUGAUAUCGUGGCUAUACCAGUGGCGGCGCCACCCGGCCGUUGGAUUGGAGCGGGAGGAUCCGCCAUCGUUGAAUCAGACAAGGUCACAGGUGCUCCAAGGAAACAGUAUAUAGGGAUGGUGAGCAUGCUUGAUAUACUCAUUCACAUAGCUGAUUAUAUGGACAUGGCUGACCUUGAGGAGAGAAUGAAUGUUCCCGUUUCCUCUCUUAUUGGCCAUUGCUUGGAGGGGCUCAGCUUGUGGACUGUUAAUCCCAGUAAUAGUAUUUUGGAUUGCAUGGAAGCCUUCAGCAAAGGCAUCCACAGGGCCUUAGUUCCAAUGGAUGGUCACAUGGAUCAUGUUACUGGACUUGAACUUGCAGAGUCUUCACCUGGUUAUCGAAUGCUUUCACAAAUGGAUGUUUUGAGUUUCUUAAGAGAACACGAUUCAGAACUAGAGAAGAUUACAUCACUCAGUGUUGGUGAAUUGGGUGCGAUUCAGGAGAACGUAUUUGCUGUUCCCAAGCAUAUGGCAGUUAGAGAAGUUCUUAGAUGGAUGAGAAGUAGUUCCUUGAGUGCUGUACCCGUCAUUGAGGAUCCAGUGGAAGACCACAAGGUUAUCAUGGGGAAAGGUAAAAAGCUUGUGGAGACAUUCUCAGCCACUGAUUUGAGGGGGUGCCCGAGCUCUUCACUGAAAACAUGGCUCUCACUCCCUGUCAUCGACUUCAUGAACAAGGUAAGCAUCGGAACGAGAACUGAACCAGUCAAAACCCCAAGGCCCCUCAUAACAUGUGGCAUGGGGUCGAGCCUCGGCGAAGUGAUGGGUAAGGCAGUGGAUCACCAUGUCCACAGGGUGUGGGUUGUGGAUGAUAAUGGGCUGCUACUUGGUCUUGUCACUCUCACUGACAUCCUAAGAGUGAUUCGAGCCUCUUUCUCAUCCCUUUAAUUCCACGUACAGCAUCACCUCCUACUAAUGCACGGAGAAAAGAACAUGGUGUUUUGUUGAAUUUUUGGUAUUUGAGUUCUUUGUUAGUUUUUGGGGGUUUGCUUUGUGCUCGGACUGAUGUUUUGGGGGGGCACCGAUUCAUUGUCAAUGACCCUACUUCGGCUUGUUAAACACUGUUGUUAACCAUGAAAAGUGUUCAGAUGUGAUAAUUGUGGUUUAUGAGAAUGUAGAUGGGUUGCUUAUGACUAAAGUACCGGUUUUAGUUUA